GUAUACUCUUACCAGUUGAAUCUAAUUAUAAUGGAAAUUUUGGAGCUCAAAGACGUUAAAGCUGUAGCUGAUAUUAUUCACGUGUAUCCCGAACGUGUGAGAAACGAAGCAACACCGCUCGUUAUUGACAAUGGAUCGUACAAAUGUCGGGUGGGUUGGGCGACGGAGAAAGAGCCUCAACUGAUAUUCAAAAACCUAAUAGCCAAGCCUCGCAAAGAAAGAGGCAAAAAGGAUGGAGAACUGCAAGUGGGAAAUGACAUAGCGAAUAUCGAAGCUGUUCGUUUUCAGCUGAAGACCCAGUUUGACAGGAAUGUUGUGACGCACUUUGAAGCCCAGGAGCAGAUAUUUGACUACACAUUCUCGCAUAUGGGCAUAGACACGGAAGGAUCGAUGAACCAUCCUAUAAUCCUAACUGAAGCAUUCUUGAACCCAAAUUACUCGAGAAACUUGAUGGCUGAACUGCUUUUCGAAUGUUACAACGUUCCUUCCAUCGCUUAUGGGGUUGAUUGCCUAUUUUCAUAUCAGCACAACAAUUGUCCACCGGAUGGACUCAUUGUCAGCCUUGGAUAUCACACGACCCAUGUGAUUCCUAUACUUGAUGGAAAAGCCGAUGCUUGCAAUGCCAGGAGAAUCAAUGUCGGUGGCUAUCACAUCAUUUCCUACAUGCACAGACUCUUGCAGUUGAAAUAUCCGGUGCAUGUGAAUGCUAUUACACCUAGCAGAGCCGAAGAACUGAUCCAUGAGCAUUCUUUCAUUGCUUAUAAUUACCAAGAGGAAGUGAAAAAAUGGUCCGACCCUGAUCACUACGAUGCCAAUGUUUUGCGGGUCCAAUUGCCUUACGUCGCCCCCGCAAGUACGCCAGGAUUGACGGUAGAACAACAAAAAGAACGAAAACGAGAAUUGGCGAGACGGUUGAUGGAGAUAAAUGCUCGGAAACGCGAAGAGAGACUUGCCGAAGAUGAGGAACAAUUGAACCAAUUGAUGGCUGUUCAGGACCUUCUCGAAGAGGGUGAAACCGAGGAAUUUGAGCAAGCCCUAAAAUCAUUUUCUCUUGCUAACGAGGCUGAUCUCAUCAAAAUGAUAAAUAAUCUCCAAGCCAAAGUCGAACGUACCCGACAAAAAAUCGUAGCAGCAAAUUCACAAGAAGAGAAUAUUGUGAUCGAAGAACAAAAGCCAAAAAUUAAGGCCAGUUUGCAACCGAAGGACCAGCAGGACACCGACGAAUGGAUUGCUAGCGUCAGGAAACGACGGCAAGAGAUACUGGACAAACGUCUGGCGAAACGUCAGCGCCGUCAGGACAUGGCGAAGCGUAGAACAGCAGCAGCACAGGAGAGAAUGCGAAUAAUAAGUCAAUUAGCGAGAAAGGAGAAGCGAGACGAUGAUUUCGGAAUGAGAGACGAGGAUUGGGACGUGUACAAGGUGAUAAAUCGCGAGGGUGGCGAUUCGGAUUCAGAAUUGGAGCAGGAGAGAUUGCUGGAAUUGGAGGACGUUCUACGACAUCACGAUCCCGAGUUCGACGGUGUUGGAUCAACGGUUCCAUUGAUACCGGGAGAGACGCACCAGUUGCACGUUGGUGUUGAGCGUUUACGAACGCCAGAAUUGUUGUUCCAAGCGUCGAUGAUCGGUUCAGUGGAGGCUGGAAUAGCCGAAACGAUAGAAUUCGUAUUGAAACUUUACCCAGCAGAAAUUCAAAUGCGUCUCGUAGAAAAUGUAUUUCUCACCGGUGGUCCGGCCUCGAUACCCGGUUUGCUCGAACGUUUGAAUCGGGAAUUGCGCGAGAUCCGUCCGUUCGGGACAGGCUAUCGUGUGAGCAUAGCCAAAAAUUCGAAUCUCGACGCUUGGUACGGUGCUCGAGAUUUCGGACUGAGUGGAAAUCUUCCAGAGUAUUUGGUUACUCGACGCGAGUACGAGGAGAAAGGAGGUGAGUACCUGAAAGAACACACGGCGAGUAACACUUACACGAGAUCUCCGGAUCCCCUGCCGAUAUUACAAAUACCAGUUUCCUCCGAGCAAAUUAUUCUCGAGGACGCAAUUGUCGACGUUGAAAUUGAAUGAACAUGAGACAAUUUAAAUACUAAAUAAAUAAUGCACAUUCUAAUUUUACAAUA